UCUAAAGAGAGCAGCAGCAGAGAGACACAGAGCUGCUGUUGAGGUAAAAUCAAAGACAUGACGACCAUGAAAAACCUGAAGAGAGUUGUGCUGCUCACCUGUCUGCUUUUAACAGGUGUGAGGUGCAAAAAGGAUGCAGAGUUUGUGUACAGCAGACUUGGACAUAGCACCCUCCUGCCAUGCACCAAACUGGUUUCCUCAGACUGCUCCCUCAUCUCCUGGACCUUCUACAAAGGGGGUCAGGUGUUGUACACUCUGGUCAGUGACGGGCAGCUGAAUGCAGAUUCAGACAAAGCCAGCCGCAUGUCCAUCACAUCCAACUGCUUCCUCAGCAUCAGUGACCUCAGGGUCGAGGACGCCGGCUCCUACGUCUGCCUGAAGCGGGGAAACGCCAUCACUGACGUUUACCUCUCUCUCCUCACCAUCACUUCACUCUCCACCAUCACUAACCUGCAGCCCAGAGGAAACCUCACCCUGAACUGCGUCCUGUUCACCUUCUAUGAUGCUGGCAGCUGCAAAUACAGCAGUGGGUUCAACCUGAGCUGGGCGAAUGAGAAUGGCACAAUGCUGCUCAAAGACAGCAGGUACGAGCUGAUUGGCCACACUCGCUGCAACAUCACUCUGAUCACAAACCUCCAGGCGGACGACAACAACAGGAAGUGGAGGUGUCAGGUGACCACCCAGGAAAACAACAGGGCCGCAUUUCUGGACUUCACAUCUACCUUUUUGUUUGAAAAUCAUCCCACUGACCAGAGUGUGAUUCAUUCAGCUGCCACUGAUUGUCCCGUCCACCUGCCCAUCAGCCGCAUAGCGCUCUGUGUGGCUCUGCCAGUCAUGGUAAUCAUAGUGGAAUUCUUCACACGGAGAGGAAACCAGAGGAGGACAAAAGCAUCUGCAGCUGACAUCGAGCUCCAGGAAAUGAACUGUUGACCACUUUAUCUGUUCUUGUGUUAUUUCUGAAUUCAACCAGGGUUUCUUGACUUUCUGAAAUGAGCCAUUAGGGAGAAACAAACUCCUGCACAUUGUCUUGAUUAGAUUUUGGUUAUAGAAUUUAUCAGUAGGACUUUUUAAUAGAGCUUGAAGUGACAGUUUGCAAAUGUAUAUCAAUAAUAAUUCAGUCAGUUCAGUCAGAACAGAACAAAAAAAAAGUUGUCAUGACAAGAUUUCUGUAUCUGAGAGCCUCAGUGUGGUCGACUCUGGCUGUCAACAUUUUAGAAGUCCUGACUGUGUAACAGCCGAAACUGUGAAAUGUGCCUUUAAGAGACUGUUGCCUAGAUAUGAGAGAAGAGUCAUCAGACGUCUGGAGUUAGUUGAGCGGUACACCGGCAGUGAAUGGAUGUCUGUUGCUGAGCUCCUGUUUUUCCUUUUGCGUCUCAACUCAACAGUAACGUUUAAACUACAUGUGGCCUGUUUUGUUCCUGUGUGAUAAAAUAGUAGCUGCACAACCGGGCUUGAUAAGGUUGAUGUUAAUGUUAUGUUAGUAAUA